GCUUUGUUCAUGUGUUUCAUUUUCGUUCUGUUCUUGCUAAUUGCUUUAGAUUUAGUUGGUACUGGUAUACAUGUUGUUUUGAUCCUGUUCUGUUCAUCUGUGUAAACAUAAAUUCCUAGGAAAGUUGGAUUAGUUAGAACAAAGAUAAAUAUAUUGCAUUUUCCUUUCAAGAAGAUCAUUGCAAUCGAACUAUGAUGCCUUCUUGAUUUGAGUUUCGAACCAUGAUGCCUUCUUGAUUUGAGUUUCGAACAAUGCUCAUAAACUGAUUUGUAUGCUUGGUGGCAGUGGGAAAUAGUUUAUUAAAGAUUGAAACUCAAAGCUGAACUAGCUAGUGUGUGAUUUGAGGUACAUUUUGUGACAUCUUGGCUAUGCAGGGGUCUAUAAUUUGCUGAGUCUUCAUUCUGGAUAACAAUAGAAUGAGACCAUCAUUGCGUCCAGGUCUAAGAGAUCCUUCAGCUCAAAUAAAUGCAAGGAAUGGUCAUGGUCCAAAGAGUAGAAUAUAUCGUCGUACUAGAAGUGCCCCUCUUGCUAAUUACGGAGCCGUAGAGGCAAAAUGCGUUGCCGCAGUUCAACAACGUUCUCAAUCCAUUAUGCACUUGAGUUUUGUUAAAGUAGCUAUAUUCUUGACUGUCUACUUAGGAGUGGGAACUAUGUGCUUCUACUUCGUCAGGCACCAGCUCGAGGGAGACAAGACAAAAGCAGUUCUUGAUGCUGUUUAUUUCUGUGUUGUGACCAUGACCACUCUCGGAUAUGGAGACCUAGUGCCCAACAGCACACUAGCGAAACUACUGGCUUGUGCUUUUGUCUUUACAGGAAUGGCUCUUGUCGCAUUGAUCUUGAGCAAAGCAGCAGACUAUUUGGUAGAGAGGCAAGAAAUGUUUCUUACCAAAGCCCUGCAUCAGAAGUGUGGUCCAAUUGAAGUCCAUAAAGAAGUCGAGCCUAAGAGUGUGAGGUACAAAUGUGUUACGGUCUUUAUCCUUCUUUUGGUUCUUAUGGCUUCUGGCACGAUCUUCCUAGCUACAGUUGAGAAAUUCGACUUUGUGGAUGCAUUUUAUUGCGUUUGUUGCACCAUCACAAGCCUGGGGUAUGGAGAUAAGAGCUUCUCAACUGAAGCCGGGCGUGUUUUUGCAGUGUUCUGGAUAUUGGCAAGUACCACCUGUUUGGCUCAGUUUUUCCUCUACAUAGCUGAGCUAAACACCCAGCAUAGACAAAAGGCAUUGGUUAACUUGGUUCUUACUCGUGAAGUUACCAAAGUUGAUUUGGAGGCAGCUGAUCUUGAUGAUGAUGGGGUUGUUGGGGCUGCUGAGUUUGUCAUAUAUAAACUCAAAGAGAUGGGAAAGAUUAACCAAGAAGAUGUCAGACUUGUAAUGAAGGAGUUUGAAGCUCUUGAUGUCGACCAGUCUGGAACCUUGUCGAUUAAAGAUGUAACGCUUGCUCAAUCAUCUUAAACAUAAUGGUAACUGGCCUCUCGCUGCGAUGCUUCAUUUUGUAGCCUAUUGGAAGGCAAUGCAGAAUAAUCUGAGCGGUUUCACGUACGUUAAUUUGUAAUAGCUUCCUCUUCCUACUCCCUGGAAGUUCAUAGAUUUAGAGAUGUAGACAUAUCUUGUUCGCUUCAACCAAUUUCCCAACUAUGAUUGCUUCCCCUUCCGUGAUUUGAAUCUA